UCGGCGUAUUUCACUUCACCUUAGCGUGUUGAUUUUCCUUAAAAGAACCGCUGGAAGUACUGCGAGUAGUGAUCUUGGUCUUAAAAAUGAACAAGCAGCCACUCGAGUUCUUUCACUUUCUGGGACUCAGGUGAAGUGGAGGGGAUGCCGUUUCACUGAGUACGGCACUGAGUAUAAGAGAAACGAUCGCCCAUAGCGAAAAGUUUAGUCAAGGCUGUGCACUACACCAUCUGCACACAUCGCUGGACUCAACAUGAUCGGGACGAAGAAAAAAAUUCUUUUCGGAGGAGUUGCAGCUGUAUUAACAAUAGUGGUAGUGGUUGUUAUAGUAGCCGUUUCCAAUAAUCACUGCACAUCAGAUUGCAAAGUUCCCAAAAAACAUGUCAGUGUUUCUGCUAUUGGCAGGUACAAAAAGGCAGCAGUUUCAACGAAUGGACAAGAAUGUGCUCAGAUUGGUGUAAGCAUGCUAGAAAAAAAUGGAUCUGCAGUUGACGCAGCCAUAGCGGCGUUGUUAUGCGAAGGUGUAGCUUCCCUUCAUAGUAUGGGCCUUGGAGGUGGUUUUUUAAUGACGAUUUGGGACGGGAAGAAUAAAGUAGCAGAUUAUUUAGAUGCUCGCGAGACAGCCCCUCUUGGAUCGAGAGAAAAUAUGUUCGAGAAGAAUAACGUUUCAUCUCUUACUGGAGGUCUUGCAGUAGCAGUGCCGGGCGAGCUUUUAGGAUAUUGGGAAGCGCAUCAGAAAUAUGGAAAGCUUCCAUGGAAAGAAUUAUUUACACCCGUAAUCAAAUUAUGUGCUACGGGUUCGAAAGUCACCAAGUAUUUAAUGAAUUAUCUGAAGGAGAAUGAAAAGGUGAUAAAGGAUGAACCAAGUUUGUCAGAAAUCCUGAUAAACCCUGUAACAAAUUCUACAUGGGUCGAGGGUGACAGAAUAAGGAGACCAAAGCUUGCUGAAACAUUAAAAAGAAUUGCUGAUAAUGGUCCUGAUUCAUUUUAUAACGGUUCAAUGGCUGCUGAUUUGAGUGCGGAAAUUAAUGCCGCUGGUGGGAACAUGACGUUGGAAGACUUUAAAUCUUACAGGGUAAAAUGGAAGACCCCGAUCCGAGUAAAUUUAUCAAAGUUAACAAUGUACACGGCUCCACCACCGGGAUCUGGAGUGAUACUUGCGUUUAUUAUAAAAACACUCGAAGGCAUUGUACCUACAGAUAACGAAGAAAUUAUGUGGCAACGUAUCGUCGAAGUGUUCAAGUGGGCAUACGCAAGGCGAACAGAAUUAGGAGAUCCUGAUUUUGUUGACGUCAGUAGUGUGGUCAAUAAUUUGACUUCGAGCACCUAUGCGGAUCUCAUAAGAAGUACUAUCAGAGACGACUGGACCAGUGUAGAUCCAAAAUAUUAUGGAGCCAUCGUAACAAGUCCUGUGGAUUCUGGAACUUCCCACGUAUCAGUCCUAGCUCCUGAUGGAUCAGCAGUUUCCGUCACGUCUACGAUUAAUCAAGUUUUCGGUGCUAAAAUACGGUCGAAGUCAACUGGAAUAAUAUUCAACGACGAGAUGGAUGACUUCAGUUCUCCUAAUAAGACAAAUGGAUUUGACUUACCAGCAUCUCCAGCCAAUUACAUUAGGCCUGGGAAAAGACCAAUGAGCUCCAUGACUCCAACGAUAGUGUUGGAUGAAAGUAACACAGUGCGGCUUGUCAUUGGAGGAGCUGGCGGAAGCAAAAUUACAACGGGCGUAGCGAUAUCAAUGAUAUUAAAUCUAUGGGCCGGAUACGACAUAAAAGAAGCUAUUGAUGCUUACAGAAUUCAUCAUCAAUUAAUUCCUAUGAACGCUCUAAACGAGAAAGGGUUCCCACAACAUAUACUGAACUAUCUCAACAAAGUUGGUCACAAUGCCAGUAUAUUCUCUGGCAUUGGAAGUGCGCUCACAGGAAUUGCCAACAAAGGUGAAGAAAUUACGGCAAAUUCAGAUUAUCGCCGGGAGGGAAAAACAGCAGGGCUAUAAAUGUUGCUCUCACCACGUAUUAGUUUGACAAAACUCAUUACUUCUCUUUCCAAGAGCAAUAUUUCUAAAAAGUUAACGAAGCUAAUAUGUAAACUGUAAUUGCAGUGAAAUGUCAUUGAAACUCUGACUUCUCGGCGAUGAUUAGGUGAAUUUGAGAAUUAAUUUCAGUAUUUCAUGUACAACGCGUAUAUUAUGUGUUGUACAAGAAACGAGUAAAUGUAUUACUUUUUACAAAAUUUAUUAACUCUUCAAUACGGAUUUCUUAUAUGGCCUUUAUCUGUAAUACAUUCAUGUCUAUGGACAUGUACAUAAACGUCAGUACUACUGAAAUAGCACCAAUGUAGUAAACUGGAUAAAACCAAAAUAAUGAUAGACAAAUUAUAUUUAUGUAAUUUAGAAAUACGCUAAAAAAUACUCAAAUCUGUCAGUAGAAAUGAAAUAGGAUAAAUAUAUUACGUGACUCGAUGGCCGAUGCUAAUAGCAGUUUUCACGCUUGAGGCUUAAAGCAUAUUUUUUUUUUAGCGCGAUAUUUCCGCUGCGUGAUCACACUUGUUAAAACUACUAUUAAACUAUAGAAAAGAAUAACAAUAUAAGAAGAUAGAUAAUUAGAAUAUGUCGACUAUUUAGACCACUCAAGAAUUGACGAAUCGAAUAAACAUACUAAUCAGA